UUUCCCCUGACAAUAUAUAAAGAUUGUACUGUAGUUAUCCCCAUCAGAAGCACAAACAGAACACUCAACAUGAAGCUCUUACUCAGCCUCCUUGUUGUUUCAACACUACCUCAAUUGGCUGAGCUACAAGUCCUCCCCACCAGUGCUCCGCAGACAGCCGUGGCUGAGCUAGUCAAGGGGUUACCCUGGAUCUUCUCAGGGGAGAGCGUGCAUCUGAAGUGCAGUGUUCCUGGGAAUGUGUCGGCCGAGUGGAGGUACCGGUGGUUCAGGGGGGGCGAGCAGCUCCAGGAGUCUGAAUACUUUGUCCUCUGGAAGGCCAGGCCACAGCAGAGUGGGAAGUACUACUGCCAGGGCCUAAGAACCACAUGGAUAAACACACAACACACCCUCCACAGCCUGCCUAUAGAAAUAGAGGUGGACGGUGGGUGGGCCAUACUGCAGGCCCCGCCCCUGCCCAUGCUGGUUGGAGAGACAAUGACCCUGACGUGUCGUGUCCGUAACAACCCCAAACUGACAGAGGUCAUACUCUACAAAGACGGGGUGGAGCUUCAGAGACAGCGGAGCCCAGAGCUGCGUGUCACCAACCUUACCCUGCAACACCACGGAUCCUAUUGGUGCAGAGCAUCCUGGGAUGGACGGAGGGAAACCAACUCUGUAAUCUCAGUGGCUGCUCCAGUGUCCAUCAUAGAGGUUCUGACAGAGCCCAUGUUGGAGAUUGUGCCCAAUGACCCUCUGAUCCAUAAAGACCGUAUGCUCCUGGUGUGUCACGUUCAACUGAACGCCCGUCAGCCGGUUCCACACAUCCACUACUACUUCUAUCAGGACGGGCUGAGUCUCGGGCCUGCCUCUUCCCAGGACAAAGUCACAGUACUGAGGGACUCAGGCCAGUACUGGUGCAAAGCCAGCGUUCCUACUCUGGGCCUGAAGAGGCUCAGCGAGCCCUUAGGUUAUGGGCGAGUGAUAGGUGAACACUCAGAACACAUGAGAAACCUCAAAAGAAUAGUAGUCCCCCUUUAGGAUGCGUCAUAAUGCUGACCAGUGGCCAGCCUACUUUUAUAUUUUUGGUCUUGAGCUAGGGUACAGCGACUGCCAUACCCUGACAUUCCCAACUGACGCCCUGAUGCUGACUCUGUGUUAACAGGGAAACAUCAGGGACCAGUUGUCUCUCUCCAGCCCAGAGCUCCAACUCCCCAGACCACCACCUCUAUCUAGCCUUCUAAACCCCCUACCUUCCCAGAUGCAGCCAGUGAUUCUCCAAAUACACUGUCCUGUGAUGUUGUUGUUUCAGAUGAGGGGACAAUGGUGUGGAGGGACUUCUUUUGAACAAUACCAGAUCAAUGUACAUUAUCACUAUCAGUUUCAUAAUUAGACCCUUUUGAACCAAUUUAGUUGCAUCCCCAGUUUACCCAUUCAUAUGCCUCCAGAAUGUACUUGUGUUUUAUAACAUUCCUUAUCUAAAUGAAUUAAUUAAUUACUCAUUAAUAGAAUGUUAUUUGUCUUUUAAGUUGUGAAUGAAACAAUGAAUUGUAUUUGCACUGUUGAUUGUAAACUCAAUCCAAAUAAAUCCAGUCAAAGUCAAA